CCAAUAUGUCUGCUCGCAGAGCCAAGAACUGUCAAAUUCACGUAAACACGAAUUUUAUUUUAUUUUGAACAAAACAGUGAAGAUGUAAAGAUAUACAAAUAAUUGAGAUGGCACAAGGGGUAUUAAGUUCAGAUAUCUCGAGGAGGAAUCCUCAAGAUGAUUAUGAAUUAAUACAAAGAAUUGGGAGUGGAACUUAUGGUGAUGUCUACAAGGCUAAAAGACUGUCCACUAAGGACUUGGCAGCAAUAAAAGUCAUUAAAUUAGAGCCUGGUGAUGAUUUUGGAAUUAUACAACAAGAAAUUCUUAUGAUGAGAGAUUGUAGACAUCCUAACAUUAUUGCUUAUUAUGGAAGCUAUUUGCGACGGGAUAAGCUAUGGAUUUGCAUGGAAUAUUGCGGAGGAGGGUCUCUUCAAGACAUUUAUCACAUCACUGGCCCACUAACAGAAAUUCAGAUAACUUACAUGUCCCGAGAAACUCUACUAGGUUUAUCAUAUUUACAUAAUAUGGGCAAAAUGCACAGAGAUAUUAAAGGAGCAAAUAUUCUCCUGACUGAAAGUGGCGAUGUGAAAUUGGCAGACUUUGGUGUUUCAGCCCAGAUAACUGCCACUAUAAAUAAAAGGAAAUCGUUUAUUGGGACACCUUACUGGAUGGCUCCAGAAGUGGCAGCUGUGGAACGUAAAGGUGGUUACAAUCAAUUGUGUGAUAUUUGGGCAGUAGGCAUAACGGCUAUAGAAUUGGCUGAAUUACAGCCCCCAAUGUUUGAUUUGCAUCCAAUGAGGGCUUUGUUUUUAAUGUCGAAAAGCGGGUUUAAGCCUCCAACAUUAAAGGAUAAAGAAAAAUGGAGUCCAACAUUUCAUAACUUUGUGAAGGUGGCACUGACUAAGAAUCCAAAGAAAAGACCCAAUGCUGAUAAAUUACUGCAGCAUGCUAUUUUCCAAGGAGAUAUGAGUAGAAGACUGGCUAUUGAGUUAUUACAAAAAGUUAAUAAUCCUUCUCAUAUGUUUACUGAUGAACCUGAUGAAGAUGGAGCUGUUCCAAAUGUACCGCAAAGAAUCGCGUCACGCAUGACGUCACGACCAAAACCACAAAAUGCAAUACUUUUGGGUGACAUUUCGCAUCUUGAUGAGGCAAAUAAUACCCUACAGAGAACAGGGCCUUCUGGGGCGUCUGUAAGGGACCAAUCCCCGCAGCCCUGGGAUCUCAUGGACAUUAUGAACAACGUUACGGCAGUACACGAAUGCGGUGAACAUCAAAACAAAAAGUGCGGCAUCGGAAACGCGUUCGACUCUCUCAACCGGGAAAAGAGUCUAUUGCAGUACAUUGACGAAGAAUUAAUGAUGAGGGGAAGCUACAAGUAUCACCCGCCGGACUCUUAUACACAGCAGGCGACGUUGCCGGUGCAAGACAGCGAGGUGAACGUGAAAUGCGACGUUCACACGAUACCUUCUAGUCCGACGAACGUGGAAACGUUAAAUGGAUCGCCACGCAGACAUUCCUCGGUAGACGAAAUCUUCGGUCUCGUCAAUUCUAUGAACAUCAAUGGCCAGCGGCAACGCUCACUCAGCGACAGCGGCAGGGCCGAACGAAACGUAAACGAAGAGGAAGCAAACCACGACACAAGCGCACCGGAUUUGGUAGCAUGUCCCCCCGUUCCCCCCAGAAAGCACCGCAGAAGACACACGCCCCCCAGACCCCCCAGCAAUGGUCUACCGCCGACACCAAAAGUACACAUGGGGGCCUGCUUUUCAAAGGUUUUCAAUGGUAGUCCGUUGAGAAUUCAUUGCACAGCUUCUUGGAUUCAUCCUGAAACGCGAGAUCAGCACAUUCUUAUAGGCGCCGAAGAAGGAAUUUACAAUUUAAACUUAAACGAAUUGCAUGAAACUUGCAUAGACCAAUUAUACAAUAGGCGAACCGUAUGGAUGUAUGUUAUUAAGGACGUUCUAAUGACUUUAUCAGGAAAAACUCCUCAAUUGUUCAGACACGACCUUCUGGGUUUGCAGAGCAAGCAAUCGCACAGGUUCAGUUUGCACAUGAAUCGAAUUCCCGAACGGCUGGUGCCGCGUAAAUUCGCGCUUACCACCCGCGUGCCCGACACAAAAGGCACGCAAAAAUGCUGCGUUGCCAGAAACCCUUACAACGGUUACAAGUAUUUGUGCGGUGCAUCGACGACCGGCAUAUACUUGAUGCAGUGGUAUGAUCCGCUCAACAAGUUCAUGCUUUUAAAGCAUGUCGAAUGCUCACUACCUUACCCUUUGAACGUAUUCGAGAUGAUCAUCACCCCCGAGCUGGAAUACCCGAUGGUGUGCGUAUCCAUCAAGCAAGCCUACCAGCCGAACACGUUCAAACUGGAUUUGAUCAACAUGAAUUCCGGUGCCAAUUGGUUUCACUCGGACGAGCUGCAGGACAUGGACGGCACGGCGACCGUGGUUCCGAAACGCGAAAAUCUCGACAUCACCAGCGUAACGCAGCUCGAUAAGGAUUCGAUUUUGGUGUGUUACGAGAAUUACAUCAAAAUUGUCACGCCGAAAGGUACUCUCGUCAAACUGAGCAGAAAGCAGGUCAACGAUUUGCGGUUCGAUUUCAAGAUCGAGAGUAUAUUGUGUCUUCCCGAUAGUGUUCUUGCCUUUCACAAGCACGGCGUGCAAGGAAGAUCAUUGAAAAAUGGUGAAAUUACUCAAGAAAUUACUGAUACAUCAAGAACGUACAAAUUAUUAGGAGCUGAUAAGGUUGUAAUGUUAGAAAGUCAUUUAUUAAAAAGCGGAACUCUAACGAACGACGAGGGCCACGACUUGUAUAUUUUGGCUGGUCAUGAAGCAAGUUAUUAAUAAAAUUUUGAAUAAAUGCUCACAAUCAUUGAGAUUAUUGCUUUGCUUAGUAAGUAACUUAACUUAUUGGUAGGUCGUAGAUGAUUUGUAGGUAGGUGCAAAUUACGAAUACAGAAAUCGUGAUGUUCUAUAGAAGAAAUAAUCAAUUUUGUCUUCUACGAGUAAAAUUUUGAAUUUAUAGACGAACCGAAUCGCAUAAACUUCACCGAUCUCUCUCUUACUCAUUGAUAAACCUUAUAACUAACUAACAAUAAUAUUAUGUGUGUUAAUUUUUUGGUGUUGUGUUUUUAGAAAAAAAUUGAUAAACCAAACGGGGUUUUUCUGUUUUUCUAUUUGAUGUAAUUAUGAUCAGACUGGAGAAUAAGACUUACUUAAAAGUAAAACUAGUCAAAUAUACAUAUUGUUGAAUUUGACUGAAAUAGUAGAGUGAUGAAGCAAUCAAAAAGUGAGGAUUUUUGACUUGUAAAUAUAAUCAAAAUUUUUAUUAAUUGAACUCCCAUCCCCCCAUAAAAGUGAAGUUUAUGCAGAAUAAUGAAUUAUUAUUACAAUUGACAUACCUCAAUUAAAAAAAGUAUUUCUCUAGCGUAUGUACACAAGGUAUUAUAGGUACCACGAAUUAGAACAAAUUAAAUUGAAAUAUAUAUAUAAAUGAUAUAUUUUCAUGAAAACAGUGUAUAAAAAAUUCUAUCAGAUUAUAC